AUGUCAGCUACUGGAACAAAACGGUUCAACACAAACACUAGACCGAUUCAGAGAGAUGCUUCGGUUAAGCAAAGCGCUAUCAAGGGACCUUAUAAGAGCCCCGGAUGCACAACGAGCUGCGGGUUGAGGUUACCAAGGAAAACAGAAGUCACAGCAGCAAGACUGAUCAAGCAUCUUGGCUGUAAAUUUGCAAAAGGUUUGCGUCUGGUGGUGAUGAGGAAGAAGAAAAGAUCUCCACCGUCGAAGGGUUCUUCGUGUUCCUCUGGGAGAUCUCAGCCAUCGAUCAUUCCCAUAAGCAAUGACAGUCAUCGAUCAGAAGCCAUAGAAGACUGUAUACAGUUCAUCAACUCAUCAUCCUCCUUCACCAGAUCAAAUUCUACGUCUUAA